AUGGUGCGCAACGCGUCGCUCCGUCCCCUUACUUGCCCCCCAACUUACUCCCAAACAAUUAACGACAGACCACCCCCUGUCUUCUCACUCAAACACUCUGCACCACCAACCACCACUAUCACCAGCUCACCAACCGAACAAAUGUAUAUCACAGACUCCACCCUCGACGGCCUCGUCGCCAAAGUCCGCGAAUUCCAACGCAAAGAAGGCUACGGCGUCAUCAAAACCCGCUCCAAGCGCUCCGCAGGCACCAAGGAAAUCUACCGCCAAGACCUGAGCUGUGAUCGCGGCGGCCGCCCAAAAGCCUCCGUCGCCAUGAUCCGCAACACAAAGUCCAACAAGACGGGCUGCAUGUGGCGCGCGCACCUGACCCUCCAGGCCGACUGCUGGGUCUGCAUCCCGCACAACAUGGAGCACAACCACCCGCCGCUGACCGAGUCCCUUGCCACGAGCCGCUCCUUCCGCCAGCUCAGCUGGGAGGCGGCCGAGGGCGGCGUGCAGGGGAUCCGGAACCGAGUGGAUGCGUUGUCGAGGGGGGACCUGCCGACGGGAAAGUUGACGGCGCGCGUGAUUGCUGAGAAGAUUUCAGAGGAGACGGGGGCGUUGGUGAGGGAGAGUGAUGUGAGGAAUAUCCAGGCGAGUAUACGGCGCGCAAAGGCGCGGGAUGCCUCUGCCGGGGUUCAAAAUGAAGAAGAAGAAGAUUAUGAGGAGGGAGACGACGAGGAAUGAAACGUUUCCUCUCAUGCCGUAUUUGCCAUCGCCCCCCGAGUCUCGCCCCGUUACACAUGGCCCAAAGCUAAGACGGGAGGCCUAAGGAAGGGUUUCACCGAGGUACGUCUGUACACCUGCCUGCUUUACGCCAGAUGCCGUUAAACCAUAAGCAAGGCGUCGAGGCCUGGGUGGGGCGUAUCAUCAAAGUUCUUACAAAAGCCGAGAACGAGCGCGAGGCUUCC